GGGAGCUGUCACAAAAAUUUGAAGUCCAAUCUGGAUUAAAGCAGGGUGAUACAAUGUCUCCUAUACUAUUUAAUUUAGCACUUGAAAAAGUUAUUAGAGAUAUAUCAGUAAAUCAUGAAAUGGAGCUGAAAGGCAAAAAUGUAAUGCUAGCGUACGCUGACGACAUUGUUAUUAUAGGUGAUACAGAAAACGAUGUAGUUGAGGCUACAGAGAAAGUAACAGAGUCCAGCCACAGAAUGAACCUAACUAUCAAUAAGGAAAAAAACCAAAUACCUGAUAAUGUCUAGACGUUCAGUAAAUAAAACAGCACUAAAAGUGGGCCCUUACUCCUGUGAACAAGUGGAUGAGUUUAAAUACCUUGGAGUAAACGUAAUCACAAAAAAUAAUAUGCAUAGUGGGAACCAAUUGAGAAUAAAUAUUGUGAAUAAAGCGUAUUUUGCCAUGAAUAAGAUGCUAAGCUCUAAACUUUUGUCCAAAGAAACAAAAGAGAAACUGUAUACUUCUUUUCUACGUCCCAUAGUAAUGUAUACAUGUGAGACAUGGUCUACGACACAAGGAGACGAAGAAAAAUUACUUACCUCCGAAAGGAAAUUCACGGACCUGUUUGACUUAAAAAUGGAGAAUAUGAGAAAGAAAAAUAAAGAUCUGGAAAUGUUAUUUAACAAGCCGAAUAUAAGAUUAUUCUUGAAGGCAAAGCGCUUGGAAUGGGCUGGCCACGUCUGGCGAGCUGACGAAAAUAUUAUAAAAAAUGUCUUAAUCAGAAAUGUAACAAAAACGCGGCCAAGAGGAAGACCUCGCCAGAGAUGGUUAGACAGGGUAAAAAAGUAUAUUUUAAAUACUGACAAUUCAAAACGACAAGAUGACGCAAUGGACCGGAAUGGAUGGAGAAACUUGGUGGAAGCAUGCAAAAGGCCUUAA